GAUCAGUGAAGCAGGGCCAUCGCCUGGGGCUCACCUCCACCUUAGAAAGCUCUCCUCAAGUUUGUUGACUUUGACUUCUGAGACAGUGCAAGGUGUACCCAGGGAGCCUGCCGUUCAUUGGGUGGCUGCCCUGACAUACUCCACACCUGACACUGCUCAGGGAGAAGCCAGGCAGCCUGUGCCAGCUUUCCAGUCGGAGAACAUCUGGUUCAGCAGGCAGGGUGUCAUCUCUGCACCCAGGAGACCAGGCUCGGCUGAUUCUGAUCCUUAGCUUCCCGAGCAGCGACACUCAGCCCCGCAGGGAGCGGCCGAGCCGGAGUAGGAGUAUGAUGCUCAGGAGACAUCUCUGCAAAGUUCUCUGCAUUGGGCUGACUCUCGUUAUUGUCUACAAUCUCCUCCUGGUAGUUUAUACCAAGAUGACUUUACAAAAGUUGAUUCUGGGUGGUGUCCAAAAGGAGCUUCACUUCCCUCUGUCUGAAUGGAACGAGACGGUGAUAAAGAAACUUUCUCACCUGGAGUUGGAGUUGCAGCAUCUGCAAGAAAGUAUGAAAUUGGCUAUGAAGCAACAAGAAAAUGUGGACAACACACUGAAGAGGGUGAGAGAUGAACAACCUGUUCCAAAGGCAGUGGAAGCCAAGGCAAGCGAGACAAAGAAACACAGACCCAGAGAGAAACUCUUCCCAAACUCACCACUUUUCAAGCAGUGGGGUGAGGAUCUCUCUGAGGCCCAGCAGAAAAGGGCCCAGGACCUCUUCCAGAAGUUUGGUUACAAUGUUUACCUCAGUAACCUGCUGCCCCUGAACCGGUCCAUCCCAGACACGCGGCAUCCCAGGUGUCUUCAGAAGACAUAUUCUUCACAACUCCCAUCGCUCAGUGUCAUUCUCAUAUUCACGAAUGAAGCUCUGUCCAUUAUACAACGAGCCAUCACCAGUAUCAUCAACCGGACCCCCUCUCAAUUGUUAAAGGAAAUCAUCUUGGUGGACGAUUUUAGCUCAAAUGAAGAACUAAAGGCAAACUUGGAUGAGCUUAUUAAGCUUUACAACCAGAAGUAUCCAGGACUACUGAAAAUAGUACGGCAUACCAAGAGACAAGGUCUUGCUCAAGCCCGCAACACUGGCAGGGAAACGGCCACAGCUGAAGUGGUAGCCAUCCUGGAUGCUCAUAUUGAAGUGAACGCUGGGUGGGCAGAGCCCAUCUUGGCCCGGAUUCAGGAAGACCACACUGUGAUUGUGUCUCCUGUGUUUGACAAAAUUAACUUUGACACCUUUGAACUAGAAAAGUAUGGAUUGGCAGUUGAUGGGUUUAACUGGGAACUGUGGUGCCGUUAUGAUGCACUGCCAAAAGCCUGGAUUGAUCUGAAUGAUGUCACCGCUCCAGUGAAGAGUCCUUCCAUCAUGGGCAUCCUGGCAGCCAACAGGCUCUUCCUGGGAAAGAUUGGGUCUGUGGAUGGUGGAAUGCUGGUCUAUGGAGGAGAGAAUGUGGAGCUUAGUCUGCGGAAAGUUUGUGUUAUCCUGGCCAGAUACAAACUCCCUAAGCCAUACCUGCUUCACCAAGAACCUAGCAUGGUGUGGCAGUGUGGGGGGAGAAUUGAGGUUUUGCCCUGCUCCCGGAUUGCUCACAUAGAGAGACAUCACAAGCCCUAUGCCUUGGACCUGACUCCUGCCAUGAAGCGCAAUGCUCUCAGAGUGGCCGAAAUCUGGAUGGAUGAGUACAAAUACAUGGUCUACUUGGCCUGGAACAUACCACUGCAGAACUCUGGAAUCGAUUAUGGAGACAUUUCUUCCAGAAUGGCACUCCGGGAAAACCUGAAAUGUAAAACUUUUGACUGGUAUCUGAAAAAUGUUUAUCCAGCCCUGAAGCCAAUCCACAACAUUGUAGGCUAUGGAAGAAUAAAAAACUCGCUGAGUGAAAAUGACUGCCUGGAUCGGGGCCCUAUUAAGGGCAAGACCCCCAUCAUGUAUUUUUGUAAUGAAUACAGUCCACAGAAAGUCUACUACCAUCUAACUGGGGAGUUGUAUGUGGGAUCACUGAUUGCAGAGGCAAAUGCCGAGGACUGCUGCCUGACAGACCCUGGCAGUGGGGAGAAUCCCACUUUGGAGCCAUGUUCCAAGGCAGCCCAAAAUGGACUGCACAUAUAUUGGGAUUUUAAGCCGGGAAGAGCCCUCAUAAACAGGGCCACCAAACGAUGUCUGGAGUUAAAGAAGGCUUCCAGUUACUAUAUGCCUGUGCUGCGGCCCUGCACCACACAAGUGUGGACAAUCCAGCACACCAUCGGAAACUGGGGGUCCAACUAGCAUCCAGCAAUCCUCAGAGAGCCUAGAUUUGAGACACCAAUUCUUGCCACUGAAUGGCUUCUAUUUCCAAUUCUGUUCAGAGUGCCAGUGGGUGAGAGAAAGAAAAUGUGUGUGUGUGUGUGUAUUUACUGUGACUUCCGCCUGUGACACACAGGAUGUGGUAGGGGAGGGCUGUGGAUGUGUCCUGGAGUCCUGGCCGGGGAGAGUAAGGAAACUACAACACUUCACCCCAGCUUCCCUUGGAAUUAUAUAUAUCAAACGCCA